ACUACUUAGCAAUAAUAUUAAUAAUUCCUAUUUUAUCGCUUGCAAACGCAGUCACUAGCGACAACGAUUCAUUGUCAUACUCCAUCAUUUCUGGUUAGUCCUGGAUCGUUGUUAGGGGAAAUUGCAACUGGCAACGAUGGGGAAGAAGGAAGAGAAGCAACUCCUUGAAGCGGCCUCCAAAGGCGACAAAGAGAGGGCUGAGAGACUUCUCUAUCCCAAGCAGAGGAAGAACAGUGCCGCCAUCCUGCAGCUGGAGAGAGCGGACAUCAAGGACUUCCGCAUGAAGGUUUCCGUGGCUCACAUCAAUGUGGACUGUUGCGAUUCUGCGGGCAAUACCCCACUGACACUGGCUGUGUUAAACGGUCACCGGGAUCUGGCAGCUUACUUCAUCAUGCACUCGUGUGAUAUCAAUGCCCGGGACAGUCAAGGGAACACAGCCAUGCAUUUCGCUGCCUUUCAUUAUCGCCUGGAGCUAGUGGAGGUGCUGAUCAAGGCUGGAGCACCGGUUGAUGAAGCCAACAUGGAGGGAAACCGGCCAAUCCAUUUUGCCGUCCAGCACUUCCAGCAGGGAAAGCCAUACGUGCUUGUCAAGCUGUUGCAGUCGGGUGCGAACGGUCAGCUGAAAAACAAUCAGGGUGACACGCCAUUGUUGCUGGCUGCCAGGCUGGACAAGAAAGAGGCCGUGCAGUUGCUGGUUGACGCAGUGCCGGAGCUCAGUAAAGACGUACGGCCGUUGAUCGAGGCAUCCCGCACAGGUCGUUUGGAAAUUUGCCGAGUCUUGCUCGACAACUGCGUCGAUCCUAAUGGCAUGGAUGAUGCGACCGGCAUGCGGCCACUUCAGGAGGCUGUCAGGUUCCAUCGAUUCAAGAUUGCGGAGCUGCUUGUGUCGUUUGGAGCGGACUCCAAGAUUGCCAACCGCCAACAAGAGACUGGCGUUUCACUUGCAAAUGAGUUACCUGGUGGCAAAGGGCAAGAUUUCCUGAAGAUGUUUGAAGAUUACAAAGACAAGGACCUGGUUCGUCCCCAAGCCGAGAUAGAACGUGAGAAGGCAAAGGAGGUCAAACAAGAAGUAGUACCUCUGAGAGAAUACCCUCUGCUGAAAUCACGCAUUAACUGGACUCACAACCAUCCCGAGUAUCGCAGCCGAAGCUCCGACAAGCACCCCAACACCAACCUUCUUGACAGUGACAAGUCAUCACUGUACAUCAUACCUGGUGGAAAUUACAACUGGGUUGUCUUCGAUUUUGGUAGUGUCUUUACACUGACUGGCAUGCGCCUGUGGACAUGGCACAGUCACCAGUGUCCAAAGAAUGUUCAGAUUCACGUCGGCAACACGCUCAGUGGCCCAUGGAUCAUGGUCAAGUCAUUCAAAUGCGAUAUGGAAGGGUCGUCCGAUCCUACUGAUCCCGGUACGGCACAGGACUUCAAGGGCUUCUAUGACACAUCCCAGUACUGGAAGAUCGUGUUUGUUGACAACUAUGGGGAGGACGUCACAAGCUUGCACGGCAUUGAUUUCUUUGGCAUGGAUUCAAAACUGAUCGGCUUCUUCAAGGACAACAUGUUGAUGAAGUACUACGAACGAUUCAUGUCACAGGGUUACAACCAAGUGCCUUCGCUUGCCACUCUGACACCUGCACAGCUGCAGUCACUGAUACCUGCACCUGAUGAUUUACAAAGGAUGACAGCUGCUGUGAAGAUCAUAAGACAACAUGUGUUUGUAUUCAAGAGCAUGUACUGGGCAAAGGAGCCGGUCUUUGAGACAGUAUCCGGAGAGGUGAUGCCAGACUUCCAGAUCAAGUUAGACCCGAUGAUAGAGAGAGAUUUUGAAUUAAAAUGUGUUGGUGGUGGCAACUUGGCAGGUAACUUCCGUGUGUCCAGUAUGAUCCAUGGCAAUGACCCGGCCACAGUGGAUUUCCAAGGAAUCAGCAUAUCUCCUCCCGGUCGCUAUCUAUUGGAGGUGCACUGUCUGGACACGCAGGGAAAGUUCCUCAGAGCAUCGCAACCGACAAGUGUCACUCCUGCCAAGGAAGAAGAGUAUCUAUACCAAGAACCAGCAGGCAAGAGCAAGCAAGAACUGGAAUCUCUGUUUGAUGAUAUUGAAGAUAUGUUGGCCAUCUGAAUGGAGGGCCACUUUGCAUGUGUGCGAGUGUGCCUACAUGUGUGUGUGUGUGUGUGUGUGUGUGUGUGUGUGUGUGCGUGUGCGUGUGUGUGUGUGUGUGUGUUGUCUGCGAGUGUGUAUACAAGUACAUACUGUGUAUUUUGCUUGGUGCGUUGAAUGCAUGGGCUUGUGAGAGUGUUUAGGAAUUUGAAAUUCUUGGGUGUGGUCGAAUGUUAUUAUUUAUCUAAAAUCGGUGAUAUCCAACUCGUAACUUGUAGUUCCUUGUUCCUUUCUUCCCUAUAGAUAUCCCUUUAGCCAGGAUGGUUUGUGUAGUAGGGUUUUUCAUAAUUAUAGAUAUCCCAUACCGUUAAUAUUGAGCUGACUUCCUUGUAUAUAGCUAAGUAUCAGCAGGUGAUGAUACAUUUGCCUUCAGGAUUAUAUCGAUGAACUUCUCUAGCAGGUCCCUUGCAACGUUGAUCUGAUUAUGCAUAGUCAUAAUGGUUCCGAUCCAUUCAUUUCCUCUUUUUUUACAAUCUUUCAGCGGCAGUUUAAUUAGGGAUAGCCCUUUGAAUAGUGCAGCUAUCGGUUGUCUUUGUGAUAUUACAAAUUAUGACUUGAUGUAUCGUUUCCAAGCCGGCUGGUAAGCAUAAUAAAGUCUCAUGAAAAUAGCUGGAAAAACUUUGUUCAACAGUUCGCACCAAGCUGCCACCCGCAAGCUGUGUAUUUUUUUACCCACUAGUUGUGUGUUUUACUCACUGACCAUUUUCUCUUUUCUCUUCUAGCUUUAAGGGACCCCGCUUCCUUUUGACUUCAUUGUCGAUUUUCACUAUUCAUCUAGAUGCGUGUAGUCUCACAUUUGCCAGUUGUGCCGAAUCUUUCGGGCGAGGUUGAUCUGUGGGAUAAACUCACCUUUCCUAGCUAUA